CACACGCUCCGGCAGACAGAUGACCAGACAGAGCAGGAGACAGACAGACGAGUCCUCCCUCAAACUCAAGAAAAAGAAAAGAGAAAAAAUCAAAGAAAAUUACAAAUCUUUAAAACAGUAUUGUAAAAGAGUUCAGAUCUUUGACUGACAUUUACAUUUUUAAGCCGCUCACAAACAAGUUGAAGAUGCAGAUGUGCACAGUCCUGGAGAAAAAAGGUGGAUGUGUGGUUGGAGCCGAGCUCAGCUGCAGUGUGAGGGAGGAAAAUCCAAAUAUGAAAGAGAGUUACACCGCUAACUGGCGCAGCAUCAAUAUGAAGACUCAACCUGAGGAUCGCCAAUCGAUGCUGAUGUCAGACGACUCUCGCCGGGAGUCCCUGUCCCGUUACUGGCAGGCACGUCCUCUCAAUCAGGCCUGCCCAUCGGGUGUUGUCAGAGUGGGCACUGUGGACACAGGUGUAAGGGAGCACCAGCUCUUACCCAACAGGAACAGCCUGCCCCUGCCCAUCUUUAAGCCUGCUGAACUGGGUGUCCGCCUGGGCCGUGGAGCUCCACACACCCUGCAAGAUCUGCCUCCCGCCAGGGUUCCCGACGGAGCCUGUCCAGACAAGAGACCAGUGGAACAGAUCACCAGGGACCUGCCGCCCGUCAAGCCCAUGCGAAUGGAGUUUGCUAAAGCACCCAGAGCCCUGGGCCGAUCCAUGUCUCAGGAGGCCCAGAGGGGCUGAA